AUGAACAGAUCGACCGUCACAGUCAGGCGCCUCGACGGCGGGGAUGAACCGCUCAAGGGCUCGGCCGUCACUCUCUUUGAGGACGUCUCCGCCCUCUCGACCCGGCACGGGAGGCCAGUGCCCGCUCCGGUGAUGGAGGGCUGCCUCGCUGCGCUCGGGCCGGGUGCGAGGAUGGCGAGGGCCUCCCUCGUGCAAGCCGAGUGCUGGGGAUGGCUCCUCGCUCCCCACCCACCCGACCUCGUCGCCAUCUCGCCGACCGGCUCUGGCAAGACUCUCGCCUUCCUCCUCCCGCUCAUCGCCGACCUGGCCGCAGGGCCGCCGCCGCCGCCUCCGCCGGUCACCGACGUGCUGCCAGACGCCGGGGCACUCGCCGAGCUGAGGAUCGCGCCGGAUGGAGGAGGCGAAGGAGAGGGCGAGGGCCGAGGGGCAAGCGGCGUGGAGAGCUUCGAGGAAGGCGGCGAGGGCGGCGAGCAAGACAGCGGGCUCCGGCCACCCUGGCAGCACGGGUGCGCGCGGGGCUGUGAGCAGGUGUCGCCGGUCGGGCUGGUGCUGGCGCCGACGCGAGAGCUGUGCCUGCAGACGGCGGAGGUGGCGCGGCGCGUCGCGAGCCACACCGCCCCCGCCGCGCCUCGAGACCUCUCGCAGCGGGCUCGCGGCGCCGCCCUCGCCUCCUUCCGGCGCGGCGAGGCGGAGGUCCUCGUCGCCACCGACGUCGCCGCACGCGGACUCGACGUCCCUUCGGUGGCGCACGUCGUCAACCUCUCGGGCGGGCUGUCCAUCGACGCGUACUUGCACCGCGGUGGACAGUGCGGGCAGGGCGGGAUGGGCGUGUCGCACACCUUCGUCACCGAGGGCAAUGCGCCUCUCGCGCCGGUUCUGGUGCAACUGCUCGAGCGGCGCCUCAGCCUCCUCUGGGUGUCCUCUUCGAACCUUCUCGAAACCGUCUUUCAAGUUCAAUUGCUCUAG